AAUUCUCACAUUCUCUUCAGGCAAACCAUCGAACUUGUUUCAUUGUUGCCAUUUCUUUUGUUUGAUAUCAUAUUUCUUUCACAAUGGCUAAAAAUGUUGCUCAACCUGUUACCUUGACUUCACUUGACCAAAAGCUGGCCAUGGCAAAGCGUUGUUCUCGUGAGGGCGUAGUUGCUGGAGCAAAGGCAGCCAUUGUUGCUAGCAUUGCCACGGCCAUUCCAACUCUGGCUAGUGUAAGGAUGCUGCCUUGGGCAAGAGCCAAUCUUAAUCACGCCGCACAAGCUCUCAUAAUCUCCUCAGUGGGUGGAGCUGCUUAUUUUAUAGUUGCAGACAAGACUGUUUUGGCUACGGCACGGAAGAACUCCUUCAAGCAUGCCCCUAACAUGGAGGCAUGAGUUUGAGUUGAUCUGGAUUUAAACUCGGGUUGUACUCCAUAGUCCAUAAUCAUUCCUGUUCACUUGGCUAAGAAAAGGGAUGGAAAAGGAGAAUUUGUAUUCUAAGAAGCCAAUUUGUCCCAGCUUCUAUGUAAUCCAUCGUCUAUAUAUAAAUAAAUAAAGAUGGGUUUUCAUUUACAAGGAUCA